CUAUGUCUAACCUCAGCGUCUUUUUAUAAUCAGGAUGAUUAUUGAAAUAAUGAUUUCUCCAUAUCAAAAAAGAAAGUAGAGAUGGAUGAUGUGUUUGAUUACGAGAGAAAUGAAGAGGACGACUUUUACAACACUCUUGGUUGUAGCGAACAUUCUACGAUUGAACAAAUUCAGACAGAAUACAAAUCUAGAGUUUUAGAUCAUCAUCCUGACAAAAAUCCAGAUGAUCCUCAUGCAGCUCAAAGGUUUGCUAGACUAUCUAAAGCUAAAGACAUUUUGACUGAUCCAGAGAAAAGAAAGGCAUAUGAUGCAUGGAAAAACUCAGGAAUUGAAGUUCCUUUUGAAAAGUGGCAGGCUCUUCGAGAAUCUACAAAGACAACAUUGCACUGGGCAUCAGUCAAACCUCAGCCCACAAUUCAGUCACAGGAGCACCUGACAAACACAGAGAAACCAUCUUGUUCUGACCAGACAGACUCGUCUCCAUUCAGAGCACCCGAGCCUAUUUUGCAUGCUGCUGUAUAUGACAAUAAGAAAUUUCAAUGGGAAAGAGAUCCGCCAUCAGAUAUCUUGAAGAGGUUCAGAAACUAUGAAAUCUAGUCCACAAAAGCAUACGACAGUAUUUCAGUCAUUUCUGGGGUACUUACAAUUUAAUUUUUGAUAUUAUUUUACAUUUAUGUUGAAACAAUAUAAUUGCAUUUUUUAGUCAAUUUAUAUGAACUACUAGUACACAUGUAUAUGAAGCAAGUUAUUGUGUAUUUUAAAUAACUGAAUGUUUUUUGAUAAGUACAGGAUAAAUUGGGUUAUUGAAAUAUUCAUCAUUUUUGCCAAAGUUACAUUGACCGGUUAAUAGAAAUGCGUGUCCUGUUUAAUUUAUAUGUGAAUAAAAAGCAAGAUAAUUAUGCUUAGAAGGAAACGUUGUAGUUUGUAAAUGUUGUUCAUAGCUGAUUCAAUAGUUCUUAAACUAUUUUUUUGGAGUAAUUCAAAUCAACACUCAUGUAUUUUUCAGAAUUGUGUUGUGGCAAUUAAGGUCUUAUGUUUUUAUUGUUAACGAAUAACAUGCAAAUGCAUUUAUCAAAAUUAGGAAGUACUGUGAACCAACUUUUAUUUACCAGAGAAUUUUGAGAAAUUUUUGAAAACCUUGUUGCAAAUAUUUCUUAGGUUAGCACAGGUAAAUCAUAAAACUAAGUUGUAGCAAAUGGAAUUUACAGUGUCAUAAUUACCAGUACAGUAAAAUCUAUAUUUUAUUUCAAGAGCUUUAAAAUGUGAAUACAUUUAAUGAAGUAAUACAUAUUUAUUUAAUUGAUUUAUUAUUGCCAUGCCAUUAACCAUAUUUUACAAUUAUAUUACUGUUUUGUGGUUUUGUUUUAUGUUGACAUUAAAAAAA